AUAUGAACCCAGAGCUUGGAAAGUUGACGUUGAAUUCAGUGACUGCAAUUUGAAGUGUAAUGUAAUUCAUCUUAGACGUGUUGUAAAUGUAUAAAACUCAGGAAAUCCCUCAAGAUGACUAACCGCCACUGUAAUUAGAAGAUUGUUAGGCGAAGUUCCUUUUACCAAGUUCAAAGCCAUAUGAGUCUGAAAUUCGGCAGAAUGCGGGACUUUUGGUCCCAAGGCCGGGUCGUAUUAUGAGCGUGUGCGAUUUGUCGGUCUUUAGUUUUAUUGAUCGCUUAAUAUCGAAGUCAACAUCUCGGUUAACUAUUCAUGGACUCAGUAAUAAAAAGCUGAAAAGGAUUCUGCGGAUUCAGUCCUAUGACCUGAAUUUCAAUUUCCAGAAAGGGCCACACAAAUAUUCAAGUGGCAAGGUUUUUCAUCCCCGAAAUGGUAUCUUUGAAAAGUUGCACGAAAUUAUAAAGUUCGAAUUGGAAAAGUCCGGAAAUGAGAAACAAGCUCGUCGUCUUGAUGGUUUAGUUAAUACCCUUCCGGAAAUUAAAGAAUUUACGAGUCAACUUGUUUUUAUAUAUCUUAUUGCCAACAGAACUUGCAAAUUUUACGGUGAUUCUGAGAUGUAUGAACAUUCCGAGACUUAUUUAAAUCCUGAAUCAUCUGUUUCAUACAGCAAACUCACAGGUCUUAGUAAUUUUGGAUGUAUCAGUCCUUUCUCAUCAGUGAAAAUGCCAUAUUUGUCUACAACUUCAGUUAAUGCUUAUACGUUCCCAUCGGAAAACAUAGCUCUUAGUAAUCACUGUGCAUCAAGUGUUCUAUUGAAGACCAUUCGCACCACCGCUUAUUCGAAUAACAUGUUUAACGUUGACCCUACUGGUGUUCCGAGUAGCAUUCACAUGAAUAACAAUUGGAUGAGGUUCAACAUUCCAAAAGCUUCACGAUGUCCAACAAUUUCUAGUGAUAUAGAUUGUACUCGCCCUUUGCCUAGAGCAUUGGAUGAAGAAGAUGAAGGUUACUGUGAGUCAUUUGUUAGGAUAGAUUACCGUUUACUGAAUAAUGAAGACAUAGAAAAUGCCAUAUUUCGUCUUUUUUCUCAAUAUUCUACGGCCAUCGGUCAAAUGCUGGUCAAUGAAAUAUUCUACUCAUCUUUUGAACCAUAUUUCAAGGGGAUUCGGAGUGAUACAACUCUUCUAGCCAACAAAACUUUGGAUACUAUUUUGCCACCAGUAUCUCCAAGUUAUGUCCAGAACUUUUCUUGGGAAUCCAGAGGGAUCGGAUGUUUAAACAAGGAACUACCUUAUUUGAGUGAAACUGGUCCAAUUUCUGCCGAAGCUGUUCUCGCUGCCAAAAAGUCGAGAUUUGGUUUUUUGUCGAGCAAUAGCGAAGCGGAAGAGGCCCAAUCAACUGUAAAGCUUCAGAGUACCACAAUAAAAUCGCCACUUACAUACAAUGAUAACUUUCUGCACGAUCUUUUGGUGUUGAGGUUAGGCAUUCAGUCUGAUAGAUUCCAGUUCUUGGGAACUUCCAGACCAAGUCAGACUGAAAAUGUUAAGCACUCUUUUUCAUAUCCACUAACUGGUCAUUUCUUGUGGAUACCACAUAAAUGUGAUCCUAUUACGUUGGGCGUUUCAUCCCAGUGCUUAUCACAUUUCGUCACUGAUCAUAUCAAAGUUGGAACUAAAUACAGACAGCUGUGUUGGUUUGCCCAUCACUCUAUUUCGCUCAUUCCGACUUGUGAAUAUGAUAAGUCUGUUUGGCUCGGACAGAUAUGGGCUUGCUUUAUUCAGGGAUUAAAAACUUGGUUACGUACGUACGAAAACUCGGUUCACUCAGUGUUAUCGAAGCUAUCGAACAUUGGCGAAUCUAAACUUCUUCUUAUUACAGAGAGCUUACAUUAUCUUUCAAAACAGAUUGAGUUUGUCUCCGACUUAUGCAUGCUCAAUUAUGAUCAAUCAGAUGUUUCCACAUAUCCGCUGACUAAACUUCAUGGCAUAGCGUUAUUGGCCUACUUAAUGUCAAAGACAGAUGGUUGUAUGUCUCAUGGAUGUGAACCAAUUGUAAGAUUGUUAUUUAAAGAAGCUGCUCGACCGUUUAUCAAAUUUCUUGAAGUGUUUGCUUUAGACGGAAUUUACGAUGAUAUUGGUAAUGAGUUUAGUUUGAUUGUUUCAAGUGAACAUUUAUUUAAACAAGAUAGUUCAUUUUGGACUGAAAGCUUUCAUUUUUCAACGUACGAUCAAAUACUGAACAUUGAUAUUGGGACCGAGAAGCUUAUACGAGUUGCAUUGAGUCAGCUUUUACCAUCCGGAUUUAAAGAGGAAAUCUUGUGUUGUGCUAAGUCUGUGCUGUUAUUGAGGUCAAUCUGUCCAAAGCAUUUUCUAUUUCAAACUCGCUCAAAAUUCCCAACACUUUGUUUUCUGGAGACUAUUGAAGAAAUGUCGGAUUAUAAUGAUGCAUUCAAAAAAUACCAAAAAUUAUUACAAGAUACAGCCUAUGAACAUACAGCUACAAGAAAGCAAAAGAUUACCCAAAUGAUUAUUGAACGACAAAAUUUCUUGAAAUAUGUGAGUCAAGUUCAAUCAUCAAGAGUCGCGGCCAUUGAAGCUAAACGACGUGAACGAUUAGAGGCAUAUUUAACUAAACAGCAAACUGAAUUCGCUGAUUUAAAGUUCGCGGCUGAAAAUGCGGCUAAACAACGUCAAGAAGCAAUAGAAGCUGAAAAGAAAGCUGAUCAAAUGCUGUUGGAAUCAAUUUCUAUGUCUAAUAAGUAUCGAGAAGAAGUGAUAGCUGAAACCAAAGCUGAAUUAGAAGCAUUUUACACGAAUUUAAUACAACAAGCUGAUGAACGUAGAUUCAGUUUUGAAAAACAUAUUAAAAAUGAUCAUAUUCUUAUUGAGGCAUUGGAACCAAGUGCUAUUAAAGCAUUAGAAUUUAAAGCAAAUCGUUUUGCUCCCAUGGGUAAGGAUAAAUGGAAUGAAAAUUCAAUUAAUGAAAAAUCUUCAGUUGAAAUUACUCCAAGUAUGUUUAAUCAGCCCUCUGAAAUGUGUAUCCUUUCAUCUGAAAUGAUUCAACAAGAAAAUAAUGAUCAUCAACCACAAUUACAAUUUCAUACUGUACAAAAUGAAAGAGAAAAUAACUUAGUUAAACCCGAUAAUUUAUUGAGUGAUGAUCCUUUAACAAUUCUACGUAUUAAAUUUCGUCAGCGUAAUAAAGAUGGAUGCAUAUUCAAAGAUCAAAUGUCAGAGAUAAUUUAUGGAGCUCAUGAAAAAUGUUCAGAUGAAAAAUCGAUUCAGCCUAAAUUUACCAAAUCUGCCGAUGUAAAUAAUUUGAAUACUUUAACAUCUAUGAAAUCCUUUCGGGAACGUAAUACUUUUGGUCAUUCUUCUGAUUCAACUAUUCAGCAUAUACUCUAUGGUAAAGGUCUUGGUCCAUCAUCUAGGCCGUCAGUUUGGGAAGCAGAACGUGAGAAAGAGGAUGCAGUUCGCUUAGCUACGGAACUGCCUGAACCGGACGCAGUCACAUUUUAUAAAGAAGCCUUAGAAUUUUCGGACAAUACGUCACCAGUAAAACCGUUUACCAAAGAAUUCCCAUUACUUGAUCAAAAUUGUCUUUCUGUGUCGUCAAUAUUCAAAAACUCGGAUUCAUCUGUACAGUCUUCAAAUGAACUUGACAAUUUGUUUAAAAAUUCAAAUGGUUCACUAUUAAUGCCCUUAAGUGUACUAAUCAACCGUUCCUUGAUUUGGCCUCUCAGUAUUCACAUGAAACAUGUUAACAAAACACUGUGCAAUUAUUUCAUAUUUGAUCUUCGUCUAUGUGAUCACUUUUAUUGUUUGUAUGAAACUUAUUUCCUAAACAAUGGAAGUUUUGCUCAACCAUUAUUGAAUGCUUUAUUUCAUAAGGCUUCUGGAACAGUUUAUGAUCGUGCCAGCAUAUUUGAUACACAUUAUCUUCAACAGCUUUUAAAAUCAGUCAGUUCAGAAAUGUCAAAUCAACAAAUAUUAUCAAAUUUUAAUUCAGAUCUUAAUAAUAGUGAUAAACAUGACGAUAUUUCUGUUAAUUCUCCACUGUUAAACACUACAAACUUGAUUAAGAAUUACUUAGAUUUGAUCUCCUUAUCGUCAAUAUCAACAACAAAACAACUAUCAACUAUUGAUUCUUUAAAUAAUGAUUUCGAUGUAGAAUCAAAUCAUUCUAUAGCUGAUAAUAGUUCAUCUAUUAUUGACCAAUAUGAAUAUAUAUCUUUUAAGAAUUUACAUUUAAUGUAUAAUGCUCCAUGGCCAAUUAAUCUUUGUUUUAAUGUUAAUAUAAUAAAAAAAUACAAUUGUAUAUUUCAACGUUUAAUCCAAUGUCAAUUUGCUUUAUGGGCAUUGAAUUCAUGUAUUAUACAAUUAAAAAAUGAUCAUAAUUAUUGUUUAAAUCAUUUAUUAAACUUAAGAAAUAUCUCUUCAUCUUCGACUUUAUCAUCAUCAUCAUCAUCAUCACCAUCAUCAUUCAUUACUCUAUUUGAUCAAUUAUCAAAAUCAUUUCAUUGUAUCUAUUUAUGGUUACAUGAAUUACAUCAAGUUAUUCAUAGUUUAAAUAUGCAUUUAUCAAAUCAUGUUAAUGCAUGUUGGAGUAAAUUUAUGAAAUAUUUAGGAUUAUCUAAUACAUUUUAUAAUUUUAUGUCCGAAGGUAAUUCAUUUAGAAUGUAUAAACAUAUCAUAGAAAAUAUUAUAGAUAAUGAAGAAUCUAUUAAAAGUGAACAAAUUAACAAUUUGAAUGUGUUGUUCAAUGCACAUGAAAAUUAUUUGAAUGAAAUUCUAUCUGGGCUUUUGCUGGAUGUAUCAGAUAGUGAAUUAAAUUUACUUUUCCAAGGUUUGCUGACAUGUGCACAUCAGUUUCAUCGUGCUUUAUUAACAGGAAGAUGGAAUGUUAAAUCAUCGCAUCAUCAGUUUAGUGAUAUUGAUGGUACUCAACAACAGUUAUUGAGUAAUGAACAGAUUAAGCAUACAGAAUGGAGGCAGUUGUAUGCGGUUCAUGCAAGUUUUCGAAGUUACAGUCAAUUUUUAAGACGUCGUGUUAAUCGAUUACUUGUUCAUGAUACUACUGAUGGAGGUAGCAGUGUUAGAAGCGCUAGGUCAAAAUUGGCACAGUUAACUAUAAUAUUUGGUUUAAAUGAUUUUUAUACUUCGACAAAUGCUGAAUUAAAUAUUAGUUGAUUGUUUCUUGCUUUUCUCUCUAUAUUUUAAUUCUACAAAAAAUAAUUUAUUCGACAGUGAACAGGAACUUUUCUGUAAAAUUUUAUUUCUAUUCUAAACUUUAUUAUUUUUUUAUAUUUGACCUUUAUAUUACAUUUAGGAGAUCCAACACACUUGCAUACAAGCAAAACAUCAAAUUACCUUGUUAUAUUAUAGUAUGAAAUUAUAAAUAAUUUUGUUCGCUCUUUAAAUUAAUGCAUUUGUUCUCGUUUAUUGAUUUCCAGUGUGUGAUCUUUGGAAUAGACUCACUGUCGAUUCAAGUAACUUGUAUGAAGUUUAUUUGUUUGACAUUUAAUGACAUUGUAAUCAUGCACCUAUUUUAAACCUUAUAAUGUUUAAUGUUUCAUAUAGUCAUUCAUAGUUGUCUGCAUAAUGAGGCACUUAAAGUCUUAGUUAAAUUAAGAAUUAGUAAGUGUCAAAGACAGAGCAUUCUCAAUAAUGACUGCUACUUUCACUUAUGAAAUAUUGUGGCAUCUAAAAUUUUGAGUUAACAUCUUGGUCAUUUUAACACUUAUUAAUACCCUCAUUGUAAAUUAAUAGAUUUUGAGUAUCUGUAAAACUUUGAGCAACCUUUUACAGAUAGAGAUCUUUCUCAUUGUUAUAGUUGUCUUGCUGCGGUGACCAAAAACAUUAGUUUCUUUAUUAUUGUUAUUACUUAGGAUUCAUGUUCAGACACCUAAAUCAUUUAGAGAAUGAUGAUAAGACCCUUAAACUAUUUGUAAUUAAGAUAACACAGCUUGAAUAAUUGGCUUUUUAUAUCGAAAAUACCUGUAUAUUAUUGUAAAGUCAUCGAUCUUACGUUUUACUGAUGUCAAAACUUUGAUAGUGAAUAUUGAAAUAGUCCUUCGAAAAUUCUGUCCCAAAGUUCCCGUUCGUCGUAUGAAAUUUGAAUAAAUUCAACUUUCAGUUUAUUUUGUCGAAGUCUCCUUAACACAUUCAUUUUAAGUUUGUUUUAUGUUGUAUAAGAACCUACAAUGUAGAAAUUGUUCCAGCUGAUAACGUCAAGUUUAUGAAUAGUAUUGUAGUGAACGAGGACUCAGGCGGCAAAGAUCAAUUUAUUACUUAAUGCUAGAGUGUCUUCGUAAAUUAUGGAAACCAUUUAUUCAAUACUUCAUUUGCACAUCUAUCAUUUGUCUCUCACAAAUUUCAUCGUUUCUUCACUCCUGUUGUUAUUACAAUUACUCUGUUUACGUUCCUGUUUUCUUCAGCUCAACCUUCUACUUCCGGGCAUGCCUCUUCUGAUUGGCGUUACAUACUACAUGUGUCUGUCAAUAUAAGUAGCAUACACCACAGUAUUACAAAUUGCAUACACUUAUUAUUUUAAGAAUUUUUAAAAUUGCUGUAACUGUUUCACAAAAUAUUUUUGUUAGCUAUGUGAAAUAAGUGAAGCAAUCAUUAUAGUUUAAGACCUGAUAAAAAUAAAAGAUUUGAUAAUAAUUAUAAUAAAUUUUGUAUGCAAAAGUCCGUGUCCAUUUUAUAAAUUAGGAAAAUGGAUUAUUGUAUGCAUUAAGAGAGGGUUGCUUAAAAUGUCGUAUUACCUUCAUGAAGUUGACGCUCUAAUGAACACUAGCAACAAUUCUGGCCCAUAAGGUUUAUGCAGUAAAAUUAGAGUAAUUUCAUUAAUAACCGUAAGAAUUUUACUUGGUAUUAUUAUAAUAUUAAUGUAGUAAUAUUCCAAAUGAAUCAACUGACAAGUAUUCGUUACUUCUUUGCUUCCAUCAAUGUUUUGUUUAUUUAUAAGGAAAAAUUGAUUUCUUAUAGUAGUUUUUUCAAUCUUCAUUCAAGUCUGAUGCAACAAAUGUUUGUUUGAUUAUUUGCAGCUCUUUUAAAUUUCUUUUUCAGAACGUUUAUGCCUUUUAUGAUGCCUUGAGUAAUAAUGAUAACUAUUCUGUCUAUAUGAUAGACUAUGUAGAUUUGAUACUUGACCACUAUCUUUAAACAACGCUUGUUCAGUUGUUAAAUACAACGGUUUAUUAAAUUUCAUUAAGCGUUGUUUUGAUUGAUAACGUUUAUUUCGUUUUUUGUGUGAAAUCGGUGCUAACGAAUUCUGUUCCCUAGUACCAGAUAAUUUACCAUGUGAUUCACCAGUUCCUUUGAAUUGAAAUUCUAGUAGCGGUUUUUGCUUCUCAUUAUUUUUGUCAUCCUUGUGGUCAUUAUCUACUAGUUGUGUUUUCAUUUUGGACGAACCAACCUCUUUUAUACUGUUAGGAUUCUCCUGACCUUCAUUUUGGUCGUUACCAUCUUCAUUGUAGCACACAAGAGAAUUCCAUUCUUCGCAAGGAUAAGAUUUUAUUUUUUGAUACUUUGCAGCUUGUUUCAUUGCAACACGAACUCUAGAUAUGUAUUCGUUUAUCCAACCUUGGCUUUCAAUUUCUUGAAGCUGGAUUUUUUCAUCAAUUGAUUCUGUAUUAGUUUCAUUCGAUACUUUAUCGUUUACAGUUGUAAUUGUUAGUAACUUUCUCAUAUGAUAGGGUAGGCAGGUAAGAACAGGGUCUAUUAAAUCUUCUUUCUGUUGUCCUUCUGUAACGUUUGAAGUAUCUUCUUUACAUUGUUCGUGGGAUUGUUUUGAUCGUUUAAGAUUGAUGUCUUCCGGUUUGUUUUCAGUUGAUACUGGACGAUAAUGUUUAUCUGUAAAUUUUUUCCAUUCUCUUGCAAUUUUCAUUUUAUAAUAUAAACAGUUGAUACUUUCAACAAGAUUCAUUAAAAUAUAAAAUAUCAAAAGUAAUAUCACCGGUAGUAAAUAUGACAGAAACGAGUAAUUUUCUAAAUAAUAUUUUAAAUAAAUUAAUGGAUAAUUUAUGAUCAAUGUCCAUUUUGAUAUUGGUACACCACGUAGAUCAUAAUCAUAAUCUUUUGCAUAUUCAUUUAUAUCUUUAUAUGUUGGAUCAAUAAUGUGGAUAGGAAAUAAUGACUUGGUUGACAUAAAUUGUUAAUUUUAUGCAUCCGUGUAACGAAA